AUGAGUAGCAAAGGUUAUAAACAUCUUGAAGAAGAUGUUGUGGAUGAUGAUGUGGACGAACAAGUUGAUAUAGAUACUCCAGGACAUGGUGCGACAAGUCGUGGUACAACAAACCUAAGUAGUAGUAAUAAUAAUAAUAGUAAUAAUAAUAGUAAUAGUAAUAUAACAAACUUAUUGAAUAGAUUGGGCCACAAUAAUGGAGCUACUGCAGUUGGUGGCGGUAAACAACAGAAGGAGUUCCAGAUGGAGCAUUUGAAUAAGAGAUAUAAUGAUGAUAAUGAUGAGGAAGAGAAUGCAGAGAAUAUUAAUAAUGAUAAUAAUGAUUAUGAUGAGGAGGAUGACGAGAGAUACUCACGAGCGAAUGAUAUGUUACUAGACAAUGAGGAGCAGUUCUUCAAGACCAACUACUCUGCCACACGAUGUCUUCGUCGACUGUUUAUAUACCUACAGCCACAGUUCUGGUUCUACAUGUUUGGCUUCCUUGCCCUCUCAAUCACAACCCUUUGCCAACUAUUACUCCCAUACUACUUUGCGUUACAGAUUGAGAACACUAUGGAUCAGGUCGUGAUCAAUAAGAUAUUCCUGGAUAAUCCAAACUUGAACAAGACACAGAUGUUGGAAUCGUUUGGACUUAGUCUGGACGAGAACUUCAAUUGGUUCGAUUCAUCAAAGUACUUGUUACUGAUCAUUGCCGUUCAAGUACCAUUUGCAUUCGUCCGUUACAUAAUGUUCACAAUUGCCAGCUUCAACUUUGUAACGCAUCUCAAGAACGAUCUAUUCCGUGCGGUCCUCAUGCAAGAGGUCACAUACUUUGAUCAAGGCAAGGGCAACGAGCUCAAUGCCAUCAUCACAUCAGACACUCUUGUUCUCCAAAACAUCGUAUCGGUUGCGCUGUCAACAUUCUCGCGAAGCAUACUACAAUGUGGAGGAUCAAUCUUGAUAUUGGUGUUCCUGUCAUGGCGCGUCACAUUAUACAAGUACAUCCAGGAGUUGCAGAAUCGCGCAUCACAGAUCGUCGAUAUGACCACAACAAACAUCACCGAGAUACGUCUGCUCAAUGCUGAGAGCAAGCAACUGCGAUCAUUCGAGACCGAACUAGAAUCAACGCAUCGCGCAUGCAAGUCAUCAGUGUUCACAACUGGAUUCUGGAUUGCAGUUGGAAGUGUAUUGGUGUUCUUGUUGAUGGUGGCUGGAUUCCUGUUCACUUUGAGCGAGACUGUGCACAGGACAAUCUAUCUCUUCCAAUAUGUGCUGUAUGCAUUGAUGUUGUCAGUGUCUGUCAGUGGCAUGUUUGGUAUCAUUGGCGAAUUCCAGAAGCUGUUGCCAUCGUGUCGUCGAAUCUUUAGUCUGAUCGAUCGUCGUCCAAACGUCGCCUUCAGCUCUGGCGUGCCAGCCUCAAACAAUGACACCAACAUUGCAUUCGACAGCGUAUCAUUCCAUCACAAGAGUGGCAGCACAUUGUUGAGCAACAUCUCGUUCAAGGUGCCCAAGGGCAAGAUGGUCUCUGUCGUAGGACUAUCCACGCAGGCCAAAGACAUGCUAUUCGCACUCAUUCAAGGCAUCCAUUAUCCAACCAAAGGAUCACUAAUGAUUGGCAAGGUUGAUACACGUGCCCUAGACCUCCACAGUUUCCGCGCCAUCUGUUAUUCAAUCACAUCCAACACAGUCAUCUUUGAUGGAACUGUCGAGCAGAAUAUUAGAUAUGGAUUGAAUCAUUUAUCACAACAGAACAUCAUUGAAGCUUCAAAGAAGGCCAAGCUUCAUGACUUUAUAAUAAGUCUACCACAGGGAUAUGAUACGAUGUUGGGCAAGGAGCGUAUUCUUGGAACAGUUCACAUUCAAAAGAUAUCAUUGGCACGCGCAUACCUGAGAGACCCAGCUGUGUUGCUGGUGGACGAGUCAUCAUGCAUCAACGAGACUGCCGAAGACUUGGUGACGCCACUGGAACAACUGAUGAAGAAUAGGACCGUACUGAUUGUUGCCAAUCGAUUGACUACACUCGAGAAGUCACACCACGUCGUUGUGUUUGACGACUCGCAUGUUGCCAAUGUUGGCAGCCACAGCGAACUGUCGCAGCAGUCCACCACACUGUACAAAAACAUACGUAUGUCUGACUGUCUGACUGUCCAUGUCACGUGA